GAGUUGUGUGAGAGUGUGAGUGAGUGUGCGUAUCACUACGUUGGCUCUUCUCCCAGAAGCUUUUCUCGGGCUGGGAUUUUUUUUUCACGUUUUUGAAUAUUUCGGGAAUUUCUUCAAGCGAAGUUUUUUGCUGAAUUCGGCUGUAAAGGCAGCAGCAGUGUGACUGGGCGUCAUGACUACAGAGGUGGGUUCAGAACCUGAAGUGAAGAAGGAGCCGGAGAAGAGUUCAGAGGAAGCGCAGGCCGAACAGCAGCAGCAGCUGGCCGAGCAGCCGGCCGAGCCCAGCGAGAGUGAACCCAGCGCAGCCGCAGAGCCACAGCCUACCCCCACUGACUCCACUAAGCCUGACAACACUGACCAGCAGGAGAACGCGGAAGCGGAGCCCUCAAGCCCACCCCCAUCCAGCGGGCAGAAGAAAGAGAAGGGCAUCUCCCGCUUUCUGCCUCCAUGGCUUAAACGGCAGAAGUCCCACAGCCAGGUGGAGCCCAAAGAAAGCUCCUCCCCUACAGACACGCCCAACCAAACACUGACCGAGAAACAGGAAGAGGAGGAGAAAGAGGAGGAGGAAGCGGAAGCAGCAGAGGAACAGGUGGGGAAAGCACCAGAAGAAGCAGAAAAACGACAGGAAGAGGCGGGGCCAAAGGAAGAGGGGGAGGCAGUGUCUCCAGUCGUAGAGCAGCCGGCGGAAACUAAGGAGGUGAAGGCAGAAGUGAAAGAGGAGGUGAAGGCGGAGGAGGUGCAAGCAGAGAAUAACUCCGUGGGCAGUGUAGAGACACAGCCUGCGAAGGAGGAGAAAGAGGGAACCUCCGCAGAGAAGAAGGGAGAGAAAGGAGGUGAAGAAGUGCAGGAGAGCAGCGUUCUGUCUCCUCUGAAGCUGGGAAAGAAAAUGAAGAUUGUGGUGUGUCACGUGACCUUGCUGGAUGGCACCCAGUUCCCAUGUGAAGUGGAGAAACGAGCGAAGGGUCAGUACUUGUUCUUUAAGGUGUGUGAGCAUCUGAACCUGCUGGAGAAAGAUUACUUCGGCCUGAGCUUCAAAGACAACGCUGACCAGAGGUGCUGGCUAGAUCCCACUAAGGAGAUCAAACGUCAGAUCCGCAAUUCACAGUGGCAGUUCGCCUUCAAUGUGAAGUUUUACCCGCCUGACCCCUCCCAGCUGACUGAAGACAUAACCAGGUAUCUGCUGUGUCUGCAGCUGAGGCAGGACGUGUCCUCGGGCCGCUUGCCGUGUUCGUUUGUUACCCACGCUCUGCUGGGCUCGUACACACUGCAGGCCGAGCUCGGAGACUAUGACCCCGAGGAACAGCGGCUGGACUCCAUCGCCGACUUCCAGUUCGCUCCCAGUCAGACCAAGGAGCUGGAGGAGAAAGUGGUGGAGCUCCACAAAUCACACAGGGGGAUGACUCCAGCACAGGCUGAUGUUCAGUUUUUGGAAAAUGCAAAGAAGCUCUCUAUGUAUGGCGUCGACCUCCAUCACGCAAAGGAUUCGGAGGGAGUGGAUAUCAUGCUGGGAGUGUGUGCUAAUGGCCUACUGAUCUAUAAGGAUCGUCUGAGGAUCAACCGCUUCGCCUGGCCUAAAAUCCUCAAAAUCUCCUACAAACGCAGCAACUUCUACAUCAAGAUCCGACCGGGAGAGGCGGAGCAGUUUGAGAGCACAGUGGGCUUUAAACUCCCCAACCACCGUGCCGCCAAGAGGGUCUGGAAAGUCUGCGUGGAGCAUCAUACCUUCUUCAGGUUGACGAACCCGGAGCAGCCCACCAAGUCAAAGUUCCUGACUCUCGGUUCGAAGUUCCGCUACAGCGGCCGGACACAGGCUCAGACGCGGCAGGCCAGCACUCUGAUCGACCGGCCGGCACCGUACUUUGAAAGAACCUCCAGCAAGCGCAUCUCACGCAGUCUGGAUGGAGCUCCAGUGAUCAGUGUGAGUGAUCAUGGCCACAUGCUGGAUUCUGCACGCACCCCUGGCUCUGGAGAGAAUGGACAUGACCCCGCCCUCGAGCUCUCAUCUGACUCAAAGAGUCCACAGGUGGAGGAAGAGGCGGAGCCUGGCAAGGGCGCGGUAGCCGGCGCAGUCCCAGCAGAGCUACCGUUUGAGACCGGAACAGACGGAGCUGAUUCCUCUGAAACUAAGAGCAAGCUGAGAGUGCAGGGAGAGAAUAUAUAUGUGAGACAUAGCAAUCUAAUGCUGGAGGAUCUGGAUAAGACUCAGGAGGAUGUUUUGAAGCAUCAGGCUAGCAUUAGCGAGCUAAAGCGCAGUUUUAUGGAGGCGGCUCCAGAGCCCCGGCCCAGUCAGUGGGAAAAGCGUCUGACGGGCAGUCCCGCUACCGGCCUGCGACUGCAGGCGCAAGGGAGUUUAGAAGAGGAGUUAACCUCUCUGUUUUUGAGUAAAGCCCGUUUCACUGGCCUGGCUGCUUCCUACAGUACCGCUGCUGCUCCAGCAGAGAGCGCUGUCACUGCAUCCUCUGAGAAAGGCAACGUCCACCUCGGGACCGUCUCAUCUGCUGAGAGCAGGAACAUCGACCAGAGCGCGGAGGACAAACUGAAUUCCGAGAUUAACGGUCAGCCCGAGGUCAUAGAGGUCGUGGAAGAAACCGUUGUUAUUGAGGAAGUGGUCAAAGCAGCCAAGCCCAAGAGCUCCGCCCCUGAGGUGUCGGUCACUGUCGCGUCUUCAGCAACAGAGGAAGUGCCGGAGGUGAAAGAAGAGGAGGAGAAGAGCGCUUCCUCGGACAGCGAGAGUGAAGAGGAGGCAGAGUUUCACCCGCAGAGCCCCUCGGACUCCGCCCACCACAUCCAAGAAGAGCCAGAAGAGGAGCAAGAGCAGAGCCAGAAAGCUCCGCCCACUAAUGCAGAGCCACAGCAAGAUGCGGAGCCUGAAACAACUGACAAAGUGGAGGCGGUUGUCAAUCAACAGAAAGAAGAAGAUGAGAAAACACCUGGAGAAGAAACAGUGGUGGCUCCAGAGGAUGCACCCAAUGGCCACCACGUCCAGGACGGCGAAGAAGCCCUGACCUCUCUGGGCGCAGUUGCCGAAGAAGAGGAGGAGCUAGAGCCUUGUGUUGUCAACGGCGACGCAUCUCACGCAGAAACAGAGCGUGUGCCACAGGUGAUCUGUUGCUCGGAGCCCCCGGUGGUGAAGACUGAGAUGGUGACCAUUUCAGACACGUUUGCAGCUCAGAAAACCGAAAUCGCCACCAAGGAGGUUCCGAUCGUUCACACAGAAACUAAGACCAUCACUUACGAAGCAGCCCAGUUGGACGGUACUGGAGAUGGAGAGCCAGGCGUUCUAAUGACCGCCCAGACCAUCACCUCAGAGUCACUGUGUACGACUACAACUACUCACAUUACCAAGACACUAAAAGGCGGGCUGUCGGAAACUCGAAUUGAAAAGCGCAUUGUCAUUACUGGCGACUCGGACAUCGAUCACGACCAGGCCUUGGCCCAGGCCAUAAAGGAAGCCAAAGAGCAGCACCCCGACAUGUCUGUCACCCGUGUGGUAGUGCACAAGGAGACUGAACUGGCCGAGGAUGAUGAUUAAAGGAGAGAGCUGAAGCCUGUAAGGUUCGUCUUUCGCCUCAUUCGGAUGGACCUCUUCCCUCCGUUCUCUGUAUGAGUAAACGAGUGUUUGUCUCUCGGGAUGGAGGACAAGAGAAGACCUCAGUGAUGACAGCGCUUCGGACACCCGCAUUUGUUAUCGUUCAAGAAACAGAACCACUUAGCUAACUUUUUUUUGUAGCGUGUUUAUUAUUGAUGUUUUUAUCCCCCAGAAAGUUGUCCGAUGUUUAUUAAGAACAGAUAGCGUUUGCUCUACAAUUCUUUUUUUUUUUUUAUUAUUGUUAUAGCAGUGAUUCACAUUCCUAGCACGUUCAGAGGGGGACAGAUCUGGAGAGGGUAAGCUUAAAAAGAUGAAUUUUACAAUCCAGUCAUAGGGGAUUUCUAUUAGCUAUGAAUGAACACUUUGUAAAAUAAAAUAAAAUAAAAACUAGGUGGGCGGUCUAUUUACAUGCAUAUUAAAAAUGAUUUAUGAUCUCUGAGCAUUUUGUAAGGGGAUAGGGAGGGUUUAAUGUUGGUCAGGAGAAGGGGCUCGACUUCAGAUUAACGUAUUCAUAAUCUCUUCUUAAGGGACCAGCUUGAGACUCGGAGGCACGGUUUUUAUUUCCUCUACUCGCACAACAGUGCCAAUCCUUCCUCUAUGCAGUCAAACAAACAAACAAACACACAAACAUUCCACCACUGGGAGGUGCACUUUGUCUACCUCUUUUAGGGAAAAUAUGUAAUAAAAACUCCAUUAAAAAAUCCAGAAAAAAAAGAAAAAUUCUUAAAACUCUGGGCAGCUUUUUAACACAUUUUGCUUUUCCUACACAAAUUUCUGAUACCAAUAAUCAAAAGAUUAUUUUCUCUGAUAUUUUAAUGAAUUCUGUCUUGUGUGUAAACAGAUCAUUUUAGACCUUUUUUGAAUGAUCUAGGUUUGUUUUCCCCCCUUUUAAAUAUUUUUAAUAUAUUCUGAUCUUUUUUUUUUUUUGAUGAAAAGCAAAAGAAAAAAUGGAUUUGCCACAGUGGGAUUAUUGUACAUGUAGAUAAAUCAAUGAAGCUCCUCCCUCUCUGGCCUGGUACCAGUGCUAUCUUGCUCUCUCUCAUACUAUCUCUCUUGUAUUCUUGCUUUUAUUUCUCUAAAUAGCCCCCCUUCUAUUUGCCGCUAACCAGAGGCGCCAAUCGCACCCCUUCGUUUUUAGCAGCUUGAGUAAUUGUGUAAUUGUGUUUUUGGCCCCGCCCACCUACCAUCACCUCCUGUCCUCUUUGUGUAACACUGUUUAAAUAAAAGUUUGUUUAUUCUCUAA